AUGCUGUCCGCCUUCGCAGCAGCAGCGCUGGCUCUACUCGUGGCGGCAGCAGGGCUUGUCGAUGCGACCACGCUCGUCGCCGCCAGGUUCGACGGAGGGGUCGUGAUCGGGGCGGACUCCCGCACCAGCCAGGGGAGCUUCGUGGCGAACAGUGGCACGGACAAGAUCACGCCGGUGUCCCCGGGCGUAUUCCUCGCUCGUUCGGGCAGCUCGGCGGAUACCCAGUUUGUCGCGGGCGUCAUUGAGGCAAAGCUCGAGGCCUACAGGACAGAGUUCGGCCGCUACCCCACGGUUCGAGCGGCCGCGACAGCGACGCGCAACCUGUGCUACGCCAACAAGGAUCAGCUUUCGGCUGGCAUCAUCUGCGCGGGGUGGGACUCGCGAGAGGGUGGGAGCGUUUUCUCAGUGCCUCAGGGCGGCUCUCUCCUCGAGCAACCGUUCGCUGUGAGCGGUUCCGGCGCGGUGUAUGCCCUGGGCUACUGCGACGAUAACCUGAGACCUGGUUUGGGAAGGGACGAGUGCGUCUCUCACGUACGGACGGCCCUGGAGAUGGCGGUCAGGCGAGACGGAGCUUCGGGGGGAGUAAUCCGGCUUUGCGUCGUUUCUGCCGACGGGGUGGAGCGGUGGACGGUUGUCCCAGGGAUGACGGCGGCGGCGGCGGCGGGAGUUGGUGAGGAGGAGGAAGGGCGAAGAGAAGCGAGGAGAGCAAGCGACGGAGGUGGCUGA